AUGGACCUCUGGGAAUUUGGUGAGGUCUCCCCGGCCCAGUUCCUGGAAGGUGGCGAGACGUGGCGCAGGGAGGCAGCCACGAGAGGACAGGUGGCUCUCAGGCGGCGUGUGCUGCUCGCGCGAGGCGGGGCGGCGGAGACGAAGCCGCCUGUCAGCACAGCCCCCCACGACGCGCCCCCUGGCUGGGACGCCUCGGUCCCCGCGUGCCCUCGUGUGUGUUCCGAGCUGUGCGGCUUGAGGAGCCAGCCCUCGGCGAACCCCGAGGGCCGCGGCAGCCGCUGGGCAGCCGUCGGCUGGCAUGUGGUGAAGCUGCUAAAAACACCGGCGCUGUGGGAAAGUGCCUCUGCCUCUGGCCUCCGGGGGGCGCCGCAGCCGCCCUGCUCGCCGGCCGGCUCCCCGCAGCCCUCCCCGCGGCUGCCCCGGCGGCCCACCGUGGAAUCCCACCGAGUGUCCAUCACCGGCAUGCAGGACUGUGUGCAGCUGAACCAGUACACACUGAAGGACGAAAUCGGGAAGGGCUCCUAUGGCGUGGUCAAGCUGGCCUACAACGAGAACGACAGCACCUACUAUGCCAUGAAGGUGCUGUCCAAGAAGAAGCUGAUCCGGCAGGCCGGCUUCCCACGCCGCCCCCCGCCCCGAGGUGCGCGGCCGGCUCCGGGGGUCUGCGUCCAGCCCAGGGGCCCCAUCGAACAAGUGUACCAGGAGAUCGCCAUCCUCAAGAAGCUGGACCACCCCAAUGUGGUGAAGCUGGUGGAGGUCCUGGAUGACCCCAGCGAGGACCAUCUGUACAUGGUGUUUGAGCUGGUUAACCAAGGGCCCGUGAUGGAGGUGCCCACCCUCAGGCCGCUCUCCGAAGACCAGGCCCGUUUUUACUUCCAGGAUCUGAUCAAGGGCAUCGAGUACUUGCACUACCAGAAGAUCGUGCACCGGGACAUCAAGCCGUCCAACCUGCUGGUGGGGGAGGACGGCCACGUGAAGAUCGCUGACUUUGGCGUGAGCAGCGAGUUCCAGGGCAGCGACGCGCUGCUCUCCAGCACUCUUGGCACACCAGCCUUCAUGGCCCCCGAGUCACUCUCGGAGACGCGGCAGAUCUUCUCCGGGAAGGCCUUGGACGUCUGGGCCAUGGGUGUGACGCUAUACUGCUUUGUGUUUGGCCAGUGCCCAUUCAUGGACGAGCGGAUCAUGUGCCUGCACAGCAAGAUCAAGAGCCAGGCCCUGGAGUUCCCUGACCAGCCUGACGUCGCAGAGGACCUGAAGGAGCUGAUCACCCGCAUGCUGGACAAGAACCCCGAGUCCAGGAUCCUGGUGCCGGAGAUCAAGCUGCACCCCUGGGUCACCAGGCACGGGGCGGAGCCGCUGCCGUCGGAGGAUGAGAAUUGCACCCUGGUCGAGGUGACCGAAGAGGAGGUCGAGAAUUCGGUCAAACACAUUCCCAGCCUGGCGACCGUGAUCCUGGUGAAGACCAUGAUCCGCAAGCGCUCCUUCGGAAACCCGUUUGAGGGCAGCCGGCGCGAGGACCGGCCCCUGUGCGCGCCGGGGAACUUCGUCAAAAAGCCCACCAGGGAGUGUGAGCCCCUGUCCGAGCCCAAGGAAGCAAGGCAGCGAAGACAGCCUGCGGGGGCCCGAGCCGCCUCCCGUGGGGGAAGAGGAGGCGCUCUCGUGAAAGCCGAGCCCCCAGCACAGCCCUGGGCGCCCGCGGUCCCCCGCGCCCCCGCCGGCGCGCCGCCGGGGCAGCUGGACUCGGCCAUGGAGUAGCGCCAGGUGGAGUAGCUGCGCCCGGCCGCCCGCGCAUGCGCCGCCCGCGCCUCCCAGUGGCGCGUCCUCGGAGCCCAGCACGCUGUGCGUUGGCCGUCGUCUCUGGCUUGUUUUAUUUUCGUUGUCGUUUCACAGAAGACAAAAAAAAAAAAAAA